UUGGGCGGCUGCAGUCUGCUGCCGUCCCGGUGCGGGCGCGGGCACUGGGGUCCCGGGGCUGGCUGGGGAUUGAUACACCGCAGCAUGGAGCCUAAGAAGGAGCUGGCCCAGAACAACCCCGAGACAGAAGUGCAGCAAGAAGAGAAGAAGGAGGAGCAAGCAGAAAAGAAGGCGAAGGAGGACAAGCAGGAGAAGGAUCAGGAGGAAGAGGCAGAGGAAGAGAAAGAGAAGCAGGAGGAAGGUGAAGGUGAAGCUGCCGCGGGCCUCUCUGUGCCUGCCAAGCAUUGCCCCGAGUGCGGGCAGAGCCUCCCGCCCAGCUGGCAGCCAGGGAAGCAGCAGUGCCCCCAGCCUGGCACCCAGCGCUUCAUCUGCACCCACUGCGGCCAGAGGCGCUCUGGCUUCCGGCGGCGGCAGCGGGGAGGCACCCAGCUGGGCUCCAAGGUUCGGGUGGUGUGUGGUGAGUGUGGCAAGAGCUUUGCCAGCAGCUUUGCUCUCCGAAUUCACCGUCACAUCCACACCGGGCAAAAGCCGUACAGGUGUGGUGACUGUGGCAAGAGCUUUGCCUUCCGUUCCUAUCUCAGGCGUCACCGCCAGAUACAUUCUGGGAGGAAGUUCCCUUGCCGGGACUGCGGUAAGAGUUUCACCAGCAGCACUGCUCUAAUCCGUCACUGGCACAUCCACACCGGGGAGAAGCCGUACAGCUGCGGUGAUUGUGGCAAGAGCUUUGCCAGUAGCUCUGAGCUCAAAAUUCACCGUCGCAUCCACACGGGGGAGAAGCCCUACAGCUGUGGUGACUGUGGCAAGAGCUUCGCCAGAAACGGUACGCUCAGAAUUCACCGUCGCAUCCACACGGGGGAGAAGCCCUUCAGCUGCGGUGAUUGUGGCAAGAGCUUUACCAGCAGCUCUGCUCUCACAAUUCACCGUCACAGCCACACCAGCGAGAAGGAGUACAGCUGCAGUGACUGCGGCAAGCGCUUCAGCACCACUGCCCGGCUAAAGAGUCACUGCGCCAUCCACACCGGGGAGAGGCCAUACAGAUGCAGUGACUGUGGCAAGAGCUUUACCAGCAGCACUGCUCUGAGCCGUCACCGUCGCAUCCACACCGGGGAGAAGCCCUACAGGUGCAGUGAUUGCGGCAAGAGCUUUUUCUAUAGAUUUGAACUCGGGCGACACAUUCGCUUCGUCCACGCUGGGGAGAAGCCAUACAGCUGUGGUGACUGUGGCAAGAGCUUUAAUAGUAGCUCUGCUUUCAGUUAUCACUAUCACAUCCAUACCGGGGAGACGCCAUACAGAUGCGGUGACUGUGGCAAGAGCUUUGCCUGCAGCUCUACUCUCAUCCGUCACUGUCGCACCCACACCGGGGAGAAGCCCUACUGCUGCGGUGACUGUGGCAAGAGCUUUGCCUGCAGCUCUACUCUCAGCGAUCACCGUCGCAUCCACACCGGGGAGAGGCCCUACAGAUGUGCUGACUGUGGUGAGAGCUUUACCAACAGGUCUGCUCGCAGCCACCACCGUCGCAUCCACACUGGGGAGAAGCCAUACAGCUGUGCUGACUGUGGCAAGAGCUUUACCCGCAGCUCUGUUUGCAGCAAUCACCGUCGCAUCCACACUGGGGAGAAGCCCUAUAGCUGUGCUGACUGUGGCAAGAGCUUUACCACCAGCUCUGCUUGCAGCAUUCACCGUCGCAUCCACACUGGGGAGAAGCCAUACAGCUGUGGUGACUGUGGCAAGAGCUUUACCAGCAGCUCUGCUCUCAGAUGUCAUCAUGUCAUUCACACCGGGGAGAAGCCAUACAGCUGUGCUGACUGUGGAAAGAGCUUUGCCUGCCGCUCAGAUUGCUGGCGUCACCGUCGCAUCCACACCGGGAAGAAGCCCUACAGCUGUGCUGACUGUGGCAUGAGCUUUGCCACCAGCUCUGCUUGCAGGAAUCACUGUCGCACACACACUGGGGAGAAGCCAUAUAGCUGUGCUGACUGUGGCAAGAGCUUUUUCAGCAGCUCUGCUUGCUGCCGUCACCGUUGCAUCCACACCGGGGAGAAGCCAUACAGCUGUGGUGACCGCGGCAAGAGUGCCUUCAGUUCCCAUCUCAGCCAGCACCGCCAAAUCCAUUCAGGGAAGAUGUUCCCCUGCAGUGUCUGCGGCAAGAGUUUCACCAAGAGCACUUCCCUAAUCCAGCACUGGCAUGUCCACACCGGGGAGAAGCCUUACAGCUGCGGUGAUUGUGGCAAGAGCUUUGCCAGUAGUUCUGCUCUCAUAAUUCACCGCCGCAUCCACACCGGGGAGAAGCCAUACAGCUGCAGUGACUGUGGCAAGAGUUUCACCAGUUGCUCUGCUCUCAAAAUUCACCAUCGCAUCCACACUGGGGAGAAGCCGUACAGCUGCAGUGACUGUGGCAAGAGCUUCACCAACAGCUCUACUCUCAGAAUUCACCGUCGCAUCCACACGGGGGAGAAGCCCUACAGCUGUGGUGACUGUGGCAAGAGCUUCAUCAGAAGCUCUGCUCUCAAAAUUCACUGUCGCACCCACACCCGCGAGAAGGUGUGCAGCUGCAGUGACUGUGGCAAGAGCUUUACCAGCAGCUCUGCUCUCACAAUUCACCGUCGCAGCCACACCAGCGAGAAGGAGUACAGCUGCAGUGACUGCGGCAAGCGCUUCAGCACCACUGCCCGGCUAAAGAGUCACUGCGCCAUCCACACUGGGGAGAAGCCGUACAGAUGCAGUGACUGUGGCAAGAGCUUUGCCAGGAGCUCUGGUCUCAGCCGUCACCGUCACAUCCACACCGGGGAGAAGCCCUACAGGUGCAGUGAUUGCGGCAAGAGCUUUUUCUACAGAUUUGAACUCGAGAAGCACAAUCGCUUCGUCCACGCUGGGGAGAAGCCAUACAGCUGUGGUGAUUGUGGCAAGAGCUUUAAUAGUAGCUCUGCUUUCAGUUAUCACCGUCACAUCCAUACCGGGGAGACGCCAUACAGAUGCGGUGACUGUGGCAAGAGCUUUGCCUGCAGCUCUACUCUCAGCCGUCACCGUCGCACCCACACUGGGGAGAAGCCCUACAGAUGCGGUGACUGUGGCAAGAGCUUUGCCUGCAGCUCUACUCUCAGCGAUCACCGUCGCAUCCACACCGGGGAGAAGCCAUACAGCUGUGCUGACUGUGGCAAGAGCUUUACCAGCAGCUCUGCUUGCAGCAAUCACCGUCGCACACACACCGGGGAGAAGCCAUACAGCUGUGCUGACUGUGGCAAGAGCUUUACCAGCAGCUCUGCUUGCAGCAAUCACCGUCGCACACACACCGGAGAGAAGCCAUACAGCUGUGCUGACUGUGGCAAGAGCUUUACCACCAGCUCUGCCCGCAGCCGUCACCAUCGCAUCCACACCAGGGAGAAGUCAUACAGAUGUGAUUUCUGUGGCAUGAGCUUCCAGCAGAAGAGAGAUCUGAGCAAGCACCUGCGCAGCUGCAGGUACCAGAAGAUGAACAGUGACAGCAAAGCUUCCAAGGGUCCCCUCUCUGAGUGCCACCAGGAGGAGCAGGAGCAGCAGGAAGAGGCAGAGAAUGAGCAGCAGGGUGAAGGUGAGACCCCCAGCAUGGAGCCUCAGAAUGAGCAGAGCCAGAGGCAUCCUGAGACUACAGUGCAGCAGGAAGAGAAGGAGGAGAAGAAAAAAAGAGACAGUGGAGAAGGAGCACCUGCAGAGACUCAGCUGGUUCCCAAGGUGGUGUCCAUAAGCCCUGUUAGAUGACUGUCACCAUCACCAAACCUCAGCAGAAUCAGCACCAGCUUGGUACACUCAGGGAUAAAGCUACUGCCCGUGUGGCUGCAAGUCAGGGAUUCCAUGGAAACUGUGCCUGCAGUAGGGAACUAUCCCAAUAAAAGACUUC